AUGGCUCAGGACUUUAUCGACGUACAGUUUGACAAGGCGGUUGAGAUCGUCCAGAGUCUCCCAAAGAAUGGUCCGAUACAAACCGGAUACGAGGAAAAGCUGGCAAUGUACAGCCUCUACAAACAGGCCACCGUAGGGAAUGUACAAGGGCCUCGUCCAAGCAUGUUUGACAUGUUAGGACGGGCAAAGUGGGACUCUUGGGCGAAGCAAAAGGAUCUGGGUGCCAGAGAAGCGAAAUGGCAAUACGUAGAGACUUUGAUGAAGGUCCUGCGCAAAUACUCGGACAGAACGAUAGCCAGAAAUCUAGUCCAGGAGCUAGAAUCCUAUGGCGACCCUUCUUCGAUAGUAUUGAGUGGUACGCUGAGCAACGCUCAAACCGAUAGCGAAACCAGCAACUCGGAAACCGAUGAAGACGAAGUCAAAGCCGAUAACGAAGAAUCUAACGAACCUUAUCAAAUGGAGAAUGAGACCGAUGAAGUCUACGAUCAACGCCAACACUCUCCGCCCGUCAACGAAAUACGACGACCAGGCUCUGCUAUUUCCUCACAAAACCGAUAUCGGACACCACUUGCUGGCUCCACAAUCAACGCACCUAUUCCGCCUCAUGUCUUAUCCCCUAUUGGUACGCCAGGAAUGCAAGUCCUUCCCGAACAUCCUACAGCUUCGGCCUACGCCCCAUCUGAACCUGCCGCUCCGCCUACAGCUUACCCUACGACGCUUGCACCUCAGCUCACUGGUGGAUCACAACCGACUCCCUCCCCUCGUCUACCAACAGCCUCUCAAGGUCCGUAUCGGGGAACACCCUCGUUCCAGCGUGCCUUUGUACAUCAGCAGCAAGGCUCGUUACAACAGCGCCCAACGCUAGAGCGCGCAGUAGAGAGUAUGCAAGCCUCUCUUGCUGCUCUACACGAGCGCCUGGAGAGUUUGGAAACGAAUCUUGGUCUCAACGAGAGAGGUCCCCCCGGAAUUUCUCGUGUCUCCCUACCUUCUUCCUACGAUAGUCUACGCCGCUCAUCUCCCAAACGAGGUGCUAAUUCUGGGCCGACAUGGCCUAUAUGGGAUCCAUCGAACAUGGGAGCCUGGUCACUUGUCCUCCAACCGCUCUCCCGUCUUGAGACCAAUCUCAAAGCCUUUGCCCAUUUCUUGGCUCAGAGUGACGAGCGUUCACCAUUACUUGUGGUCAUCCGGCGGCUAUUCUUAGACCUCAGUUUCCUCUUCGUCUUCUUGAUCGUCUUCAAGUCGAUCUGGAGGCGAACCAGCAUCAGACGACGCGAAGUUUAUCUGGCUCUAGGCGGCGUAUGGAGAGCGAUUACCGGGACACAUGCCCCUCGCAUCAUGGCUGAAAAGGGUGUUUAA